GGUACCUGUCAUUGCACAGGGAAAAUGGCAGAGACUUGUGGCUCUAGCUCGACUGAGUCGCUAAAUCUAGGAUCCCAAGACUCCACGGAUCGUCUAAAAUUACUUUAUCCGGCGGUAAACGAAGACGAAUACCCUCUCCCUAGAUCGUGGAGUCAGAAGGAUAGAUAUAACUACAUAGGGUUGUCACAAAACAAUCUCCGAGUCCAUUACAAAGGUAUUGGAAAGACGCACAAAGAUGCUGCCAGUGUACGGGCCAUCCACCCCAUCCCCGCCUCCUGUGGUAUCUACUACUUUGAGGUGAAGAUAAUCAGUAAAGGAAGAGAUGGGUACAUGGGGAUAGGUCUUGCUGCCCAAGGUGUGAACAUGAACAGACUCCCAGGCUGGGACAAGAAUUCCUAUGGUUACCAUGGUGACGACGGCCACUCCUUCUGUUCCUCUGGUACUGGACAGCCGUAUGGGCCAACCUUUACAACCGGCGAUGUCAUUGGCUGCUGUGUGAACCUCAUUGACAACAGCUGCUUCUACACCAAAAAUGGUGUUCAUCUAGGCGUUGCAUUCACAGAUCUACCACAAAACCUAUACCCUACAGUUGGGCUACAGAGUCCCGGGGAAGUGGUGGAGGCCAACUUUGGUCAGGCCCCCUUUGCCUACGACAUUGAGGACUAUAUGAGGGAGUGGCACAUGAAGACCAGACUUACCAUAGAAAGGUUCCCGGUGAACGACAAACGUGGAGAGUGGCAAACAGCCUUACAGAGAAUUGUGUCUACCUACCUGGUACAUCAUGGGUACUGUGGCACAGCUGAAGCCUUUGCCAAGUCUACAGGACAAUCCUUUGAUGAAGAGCUCGCCUCCAUGAAAAACAGACAAAGAAUACAGAAGUUAGUUUUAAAUGGAAGGAUGGGAGAAGCCAUAGAAAAUACAACUCAACUGUACCCAGGUCUUUUAGAACACAACUUAAAUUUAUUGUUCAUGUUGAAGUGUAGACAAUUCAUAGAGAUGGUGAAUGGUACGGACAGUGAAGUGCGUGGUAGUGCGAUACGCAGCCCCAAGUCUCGUCAUGGAAGUGGCAGCAACAGGUCUAGCCCGAGCCUCAGUCCUGUCCACCACACAAACUCACAUUCUCAACGGAACACACCAGUGGGGUCCAGGGGCAGCAGUCCCAACCGACCUAUAGGUGUCAAAGGUCAUAGUUCAGUGUCAGGAUCGGCUAGUGCAGGUCAAAAUAACUCUCAGCCCCACCCCACCAUAACGUCACAGCAAUCCACACAACCACAGACAAUGAACAACACUAACAGUGAUCUCAAAACGAUAUCCGAGGAGGAGAUGAAUGCCGCAAACAUUGCAAUAAACGGCAACUCCAACUCGAGGUUAAUCGAUGAUAGUGACGAUGUCGAGAUGAUCGACGGACUUGUGAGUGAUCACCAUGACUUACAGAAUAACAAAGUUGUGACAAAUGGAACGCUGGAGAGUAACGGCAAUACCAACGGGCUCUACCUUAACGGCAACAGUGAGAGUAGUGAUCACGACCGCUGUAGGACAGAGGAAAUGGACAUAGAUGGCACGUCAGGCAGGAGACAGCUGUGCGGGGGUAGUCAGGUAGCGGUGGAGAAAAUGUUACAAUUCGGCAAGGAACUCCAGGCCAUGAGUCAGCAACUUAAACGACAAUACGGCAAAAACGAAGGCAACAAAAAAGCAUUACAGGAUGCCUUCAGCCUGCUAGCCUACUCAGACCCCUGGAACAGUCCCAUGGGGUACCAGCUGGAUCCGGUGCAGAGGGAAGCUGUUUGUGCUGCCCUCAAUAGUGCUAUUCUAGAAUCCAAUGGCCUUCCAAAGCAGCCCCCUCUUGAACUUGUGAUAGCCCAGUCCACAGAAUGUAUGAAGCUCAUGUCAAAGUCCGGUAUUGGGUCCUCAGCAUUUGCUAGCCUGAAAGACUACCUUCAUUGACCCUUCAGUGCCUCAUUAUCUAGUUGACCUUUGAACUUUCAUCAUUAAUUUGUCCAUGGACCAAAUCGGUGAUAAGGGAACGACCGAGUUUACUAUAUAUGCUAAAUCUACUGGAUAAAUGACAGUUGUAUCAUCUUGAUAGUUUUUAUAUCAAAAUAUCUUUUAGACACAUGUGGUUGUCAUGGUAACUUGUGAUCAUGUUCGUUGGUAGCCAAUGCAUGUUAUUACAGGAUAUAGAGAGUUUAUAAAUGAUAUUCAAAAUAAUUGCCUAUCAGUGCGUCUGUAAGUUGUGACUGCCAGGCUGUGAUUGAGGUGUAACCAUCCCUCUGUACAGUGAUAAACACUACGAAGGCUGUGAGAUUUUAACAAAGGUGGUAUUUGAAAAAUACAUGCAUGCGUAAUAUACUUAAGCUGUGAACAAAAGUAUAACUGCAUUAUUGUGUGUUGAGGUUCAAACAUCUGUGCAAUGUUGAAACUAGUAUGAACUAUUGUAUGCUUGGACAUCUUAGAUUGUCAUUAAUUAUACACUCUGUGGUGUACAGCAAUCCCCGUCGUCAUACUGAUUGUCCCGUUAUAGGUCAAGAAACCCCCAGUUUAUUCCUGUAUGUAAAGAUACUAAAAUUGUUACUGUUUCUGUGUGAGUGAGGAUUGUAUAUAUAGAUUCACCUAUUCUGUAUUUUUUGCCGAGGAGAGAUGUGUAGGACAAUGUGAACUGGUCCAUCCCUGUACCUGGUCAGGAAGGUCUGUACAAUACAAACCCCUGUCAGUUUGUGUUUCUGACCUGAGGAGAUGAAGACAAUGUAGACCAGUCUUCUGUUGGGCUCAAGAGAUAUGUAGUCAGAAAGGCUAGAUGUGAAUGGGUGUUUAUGACCAAGGACAUAUGAAGGGCAUUAUAUCCUAGCUCUAUCCUGUAUGUUUAGGUCACCUGUGUUGGUGAGGUAGAACAAUGUAGGCCAGUCCUAUUGAUUUUCUAGCGGAGGUGAUAUGAAGGACGAUGUAGGCUAGUUCUGUUGGCGUGUUGGCGUACGCAUUACGUCCAACAGUGUAGAAGUGUACCGUGGCUUUUCUGGCAGAGAUGAUGUGUCCGGCAAUGUUCGCCUGUCGUGUGGAUUUUCUGGCAGAGAUAAUGUGUCUGUCAAUGUUCGCCUGUCCUGUGGAUUUUCUGGCAGAGAUAAUGUGUCCGUCAAUGUUCGCCUGUCCUGUGGAUUUUCUGGCAGAGAUGAUGUGUCUGGCAAUGUUCGCCUGUCCUGUUGUUUUUCUGACUAAGGUUAAAAGAAGGACAGUUUAUUCUUUCAAGUUGAUUUUCUGGCUGAGAUGUAAAUUGUUCAGUAAAGAUCUGUCCUAUUUCUGGGUUAGGGGAAUAUGUAGGACAAUGUAAACUUUCUCUUCUGUGUUUUUGGCUAAAUGUUGAGAUUUCUCUGUCAAUAUCUCGCACAGGGAUGAUAGAUUAAUGAUCUCCCACAUCUUUAUGUACUGAAUGUAAUAAAGCAAACUUCACUCAGCACUCUGUCGAUCCAAAAUAAUGUCAACGCAAUGAUAACCAGUGAUACUGAGGUCAUUUCAGGAAAAACAUGUUUUUUUUCUAACUUGUGAAAGAGAAAUAGCUCUGAAUUGGAAUGAACCUGUGAUUUUUGGGAGAAGAUUCAGCCUGUAUUUCCUGUAAUAGUGACCAGUGUUUCUGAAAACUGGCCCUUCUGUGAUUCUAUCUCGGAAGGUAUUCAGGAUUAUAAAGAACUGUCUUUCUUCUAAAUUAAGGAAAUGAUCCUUCUGUUGUUCCUGCUGAGAAAGUACUAAGGUAAUGUAGACCCACAAUUGUGCAUUUCUGUUGGGGAGGGGAGAUCUAUUGAAUAAUUUCUAAGCAUAAAAGUCUACUACUAUAUGUAGACAAGAAAACACAAAUGUCAGAUUUAAUAUGCAAAAACCCUUUGUGUAUCUUGGUAAUGAUUGUAUUGUAAAUAGAAAAUGUAAGAAAUUUUGUUAAAUAUUUCUAGAAAGAUAUUGUAUCAUGUGAGCCUCUUCUUAGGCUUUCUUCAUUGCCAGUCAAUUUGAACGAAUGCCAAAAAUCUACGGAAUACCCUCCUUAUAAACACGAUUGCAAUUCAUACAAUAAAAAACAUAUCAAGAUUACAGUA